UUCGUCACUAAGCUAGUUGUGAACGAAACGUCAGUCGCGGCGUUCGCGCGCAGUGCGGUAGUGUAGUGCCCGAACUAUUUGUUACAAACAAUAAAUGUUCAGCUAGUUGCCAAUAAUUCUGUGACAAUGAAAGUGUUUGUUUGUUGCCUUUUCAUAAUUGCUAAUAUCAGCAAUAAUGGAAAAGCCUCUCUUGAGAGUUUUGCGCCCUCUGGGACUAAUAUACUCUUUGAGGAUACAACGAAAAAUUUAGAUAAAGUUUCGUGCUACCGACCUUGCAAAUUCAACGUGAAACCAAAACGGUGUCACUACAACUUCAAAGUGGAGCCAACGAUCCAGGAGGAUGGAAGACCAGCCAUCACCAUCAAUGGACAGACUCCAGGACCUCCCAUUCAAGCCUGUGUUAAUGACAUCAUAGUGGUUGAAGUUGAGAACAGAAUUCUGGACCAAGAUAUAAGCAUCCAUUGGCAUGGCAUUGAGCAGAAGGGAACUCCUUACAUGGAUGGAGUACCCAUGGUAACCCAAUGUCCUAUUGGAUAUGGACAAACCUUCAAAUACGCUUUUGUUGCAACUUCACCAGGAACUUUCUUCUAUCACGCUGAUUCAGUGUCACAUCAGAGUGAUGGUGUUUACGGUCCUCUGAUAAUAAAUCAGCCUCAGCCGUUGGAACAUCACUCGUCUCUGUAUGAUUACGACAGGAGUGCUGAGAAUACACUAACAAUAGGAGCUAAAUUCCCAGAACUGUUGACGGCUAAGCUAGAAGAUGUUAGCAAAUUGAAACCAGAUGAAAUUAUUAUAAAUGGCGAUGGAGAUGUUUCGAAGAUAGUCGUAAUCGCUGGGUUCGCGUACAGACUGAGGUUCAUAAAUGCAAUUGCAACUGAAUGCCCCGUGAUAGUGACUAUAGAGAAACACGAAAUGGUGGUGAUUGCAACCGAUGGGAAACCAACCAAACCAGUUUUAGCUAGAAACGUGGAGUUACAUCCAGGUGAGCGUAUGGAUGCAGUGGUGCGUGCAUCCGAAGAAGGCGGUGGGUACUGGGUGAGGGUGCAUGGUACCGGCGCAUGCGCUGGUCUCGGUGCUAACGCGAUGCUCAUCUAUUCUGGAUUCAACUAUACUGCUAUGUUGGAUGAAAACCAGAACGAGUACAAGCAAGAGUCAUUUGCAUCAGACCUGGUGGUAAGCGGCCAAAUGCUGGAAUCUCUCCAAGACCAGAGUCAUGCGUCGGAGGUGAAGUCAGUGUACCUUGGCAUCGACAGAAACAUCAUCCACGUGAAAGAAGCUGAUCUCGAUUUUAGAUAUAUCAGUGAUGCUAUUCCUAAGAAACCGUUCUUCCCUGCGGCAUUCGCUCUUCACGAAAAUGGUGUUGUCCAAAUAAACAAAAAGAGCUUCUUGUACCCUAACGUGCCGAUAUUACUACGGCCUCGGGACGUGAGGCAGGACAUGUUCUGCAAAGUAGGGGAGGAGGAGACGCAGGUGGAAGCCCAGUGCAUACAAGUGCUGGAUGCUGUUGAAGGGGAAGUGCUGGAAAUUGCCCUAGUUAAUGAAGGCUUCGGCAGCAAUGACUCGUACACAUUCCACAUGCAUGGCUACAACAUGCAGGUGAUCGCCACAUGGCAGAAUCCCAAAGACAAACCGAUCUCCAAGGAAGACUUCCAGAAGUUGAAUAAAGAUGGUAAAAUAUCAAGAAAUCUCCAAAACCCACCAGUGAAGGACACGAUAACAGUGCCGAACAAAGGCUACACAAUAGUGAGGAUCAAAAUAGACCGUGGUGGAACCUGGCUACUGGAGUGCAGGUCCUGUGCCCUCUCCUCAGUCCCUGCUGCCAUCAUGAUCAGGGUUCCAGAAACCAUACCCAAGGCUGUGGUAGACUCAUUACCCAAGUGCGGUAACUACAGACCACCGGACGUUCUCUUGAACUAAAUCUCCUAAUAGACUGAUAGUGUGCUUUGGUCUUGUGAUUUUAGUGUGUAAUAUUUAUAAGUAUGUUUGUAACUUAGGUUAAGUAUGUUAUGGUGCUUCUAUGAAUAAUACUCAGUCAUACUCUGACAGUUAAGAAAUAGGUAAGAUGAGAAUACUGAAAAGUUGGGAAAUGAAUAUUUAAACUGAUCUUCAUCAUGCUAGAAAUGAAAUGGUAUCCUUUUAUAAAAAAGGCUAUGGUUACCUGGAGAACUUAGUUAAGUAAGUAUACAAUAUUGAUAUUUUCUCAGUCCAAAAAAACAAGAUAAUAUAUAAGAAGACUAUUCAAGACACUAAAAUGUUCAAACAGGCGGUGAAGUUGUCGGCCGUAGUAAACCAAACGAAUAGGAUACUAUAAUAAAAACAAUAUUGUAUGAAAUUAAAAAUAUUUAUUGAGUGGAAAUAAAAAAAAUAAA